AUGAAAGCACUUACCGAUGAGAAGAACGAGUCGCAGCGUGUCCCCGUCGUGCUUGUUCACUGCGACUACACCGAUGAGUCUGAUCCUCUGCAUACUGGAAGAACAGCCUCUUUCAGCUUGCUUGCCAUUCGUGAAUGUACAAUCAUGCAAUGA